GAUUCUUGUGACGUUACACGGAAGUAGCUUCAUACACCUGCUGUAAGGAGACGGAGGCUCGGACAGAAGCUGAGAUGUCCCGGCAGCAGUAGAGUCCAGUAGAAGCAGCGCUGCCGUGUGUUUGUGAUGUCGUGGCGUUCGAUGCUUUAUCAGCAUUAGCGCGUGCAGAGCGUCAGGAUGCAGAUCCUGGUGGUGAAGCUGCUCGGCCUGCUGGGAUUGUUCGGCCUCAUGCUGGCCGGCGUCCUGGUGCCGGUGCGCCUCCUGCUGGUCGACUACGACAAGGCGCACAGAUACAGGAAGGCUCUGUCGCUCUGCAACUCAUUCGGAGGAGGCGUUUUCCUGGCAACAUGCUUCAACGCACUGCUACCGGCUGUCAGAGACAAGGUGGACGACGUGUUCCGGCAGCUGAAGAUCAGCAGCGAUUAUCCGCUGGCUGAGACGAUGAUGAUGGUCGGCUUCUUCCUCACCGUGUUCGUGGAGCAGGCCAUCCUCACCUUCAGGAAGGAGAAGCCGUCCUUCAUCGACCUGGAGACCUUUAACGCCGGCGGCUCCGAGGCCGGCAGCGACUCCGAGUACGACACGCCUUUCAUCUCACCGGCGCGGAGCUCGGCGGGAGGCGGCGGUGGCCAUCGCUCGCACGGACACCAGCACGGACACUUCAGCCCGGCCGAGCUGGCGGGGGCGGGGCCUCUGCGCCUCGCCAGCCUGGUCCUGGCUCUGUCGGCGCACUCGGUGUUCGAGGGGCUGGCGCUUGGCCUGCAGGAGGACGCCGCCAAGCUGAGCAGCCUCUUCCUGGGCGUCGCCGUGCACGAGACGCUGGCCGCCGUGGCUCUUGGGGUGAGCGUCGCCAAGGCAUCGCUCGGCAUGAAGGACGCCGCCAAGCUGGGCGUCACGGUCAGCCUGAUGAUCCCGCUGGGCAUCGUGGUGGGAAUGGGCAUCGAGUCGACUCAGACGCUGGCGGGCGCCGUCGUCUCCGUGGUGCUGCAGGGAUUCGCCGCCGGCACCUUCCUGUUCGUCACCUUCUUCGAGAUUCUGUCCCGAGAGCUGGACGACAAACAGGACCGGCUGCUCAAAGUGCUCUUCCUCAUCCUCGGAUACGCAGCGCUCGCCGCCCUCGUCUUCAUCAAGUGGUGACAUCAUCGCUGACACGUACGGCAAGACCAAAGGAAAACUCACAUCAGUCGGCUGUGAGAGGAAGAAACAUGAACACAGACUAUUUAUUCUCUGUUUAUAAUGAAGUUCUUUUCAUUAAUCAAUUGAUCUGCUGAUUAUUUUCUCAAUUGAUCGAUUUAUUUGUUUUCCCCACAGUCAUUACACUUCUCGUUUUAAUCGUCCAACAGUCCAAAAAAAACCCAAAUCUACAAAGAAAA